AUGGAAAUGGAAAUAGAGGCAAACGCAGUGACGGGGGAGCAAUUGAUUCAAGAAUGGAAUGAGGUGAUUACUUCAGGAGAAAAUGCUGUUACUACAUUGGACAGGCAGCGUCUGCUUCCUCAUUUCGAGAAGGUUCUAAAUACCCUUUUGAAAAUGCACAAGGAAACUCAGGACACGAUUGAAGUACAACUGAUAGACCAGUUGGACCUACGCGCUCGUGGUAUUGAAGUCCUGGCGAACAUUGCCAGAUAUUUUGAAGAUUAUGGCCAUCUCUUGUUGCCGAUGGCCAAGGAGGCACACGAAUAUUGCCUCGACCAAUUGAAUACGUUCAUCAAGGAUCGCAAACUAAGGGCUUAUCUGUAUGAUCUCCUUUCCUCUUUGGUUCCCAUUUUGGGCGAGGAAUGCGCCAGCUCAUUAUCCGCGGUUAUGGAACACAUUGGCAGGGAUACGGUUUGUGGCAAAAAGGACCUUGAAACUGCCAGUAAUCUGAAAGCGGCUGCCCUUCUCCUCCUCAAGGAGUACGUGGAUCAAAUACCCAAACUAUUCCAGAAGCACUUGCCGGAUACCCUGAAACACGCUACUCGCCUGCUAAUCGAUCCGGGGGAAUUGGUACGCAUCGCCACCGUAGACUGUAUAUGCUCAGUUUUGUAUGCCAUGGAUACCCUGGGAUAUGGCGAAAAACUAACAGAAGCCUGCGGGAUCCUUUUACCCUUGCUGGCGCAAGCCAUUCGGUAUGAUGAGGAGUCGAGUGUCGUGGUGAAAGUGGUCGUGUCCCUUGGUGAAAUUUUUCAGAAACUUAAACGGAAUGCCAUACCCGGUCGGGCGGUGGCCGACUAUAUCUACAAAAGCAUUGACUUGGUGCUCAAUGACAAGGUUAAGUGUCAGUCGGUUUUGGGUGCAGAAAUGGAAGAUGGCGCUGACGCGGCCUUUGCAAAUCUGUAUUUUGAGAUCCCGGUUAUGUUUGCCCACUUCGGUGGGGCCCUCUGUUCGGAUGUAUAUUUGGAGUACUUUGGGCGCAUCUAUCACCAUUUAGGACGAUUGCAGAGCAUGAUUGAGCCGCAUGGCAACAAAACCUUCUUCGGGUCAGUGGAAGAAUGUGUCAUCCAGCUGAGGACCAAUGUGACGCCAUUCUUCGAUUUUUUGUAUCCACUCUACCUCAGCGGCUUUAUUGACCCCAGUGCAGAACAGCGACAAAAUGCCAUCUUUGCAAUGGGUGAGCUCAUUUUCUACACUAAAAGCACGGUGGUGCUUAAGGCCUAUCCGCCACUCUACUUGGCCCUCGUCGAUCGUUACGAUAUCGAGACAGUCCCUGCCGUCCGGGACAAUGUCCUGGGAGCCCUGGGCAGGAUGAUCUUACGCGUUCCAGAGGGGGUGCCACUAAACCAGAUGUUGCCAAACCUUUUGAGUCGCCUGCCGAUGACUAGGGAUUACGAAGAGAAUAUUACCAUGUUGAAGGUCUUCCGUUUGCUCUACGAUGAAAAACGUUCACAGAUCGAGAAUUUUGUUGAACGUAUGCUGGAAGUCGUUCUUUUGAUGGUGGCCAGAAACGAAGUACCUAAGCCUGAGUGGCGUAGUAAGGCCAUUGAUUUUGCCUUUGAGAUAAAGCCAUAUUUUCCCAUCAGUUUCGACAAAAUUUCUAAUAUGCAUCCAGAAGUUCAGACCUUUCUGCAUUCAAGGCGAUAUUUCAUAUGGUAAAGAAAGCAUCUACCAAUAAGACGAAAGAUAGUUUCUCAAUAAUAGAAGACAACCAAGGACAUAACAACCAUUAAAUUUUUAGCU